AUGAGAGAAGUCAAAUUAGUGAUAGAUAUAAAAAGAAUAGUAGAAGCAUGUUUGACCAUGAAAAGUAAGAAUGACAUGAAGGCAGAUAUUGAAUGUGAUAAUACUGUAGGUCGUUUAGCUAUUCUCAAGCACAUGCUCAAAGACAAUCUGAAAAUAGAGGACAGCUCAUAUAGUGCUGACGAUAAUCAACACAUCAUAGAAGCAGUUGAAAAUGAUAUUUGCCAAUGUUUUAUAUACAGAUAUCCUCGGGUUAUAAUUAGAUUAAAUAAUGCAAUAAACAAUAAAGAAAAAGAUGAAAUAAUCAGAUCGUAUGCCAUCGAGUUAGCCAAUGAACUUAUAGAACUGAACCCCCUUGUAUACAACCCAGAGCAUGGGAUAAAUAGAAAGACUGAAACAGUGGAGAAAAUAAAGUCGGAUACCAGCGAUGAUGCUCUAGGCACCAGAACAUGCACACUAGAGAUCGAUGAUGAAAAGUUUUUCAAUCUGAAAAGCAUGGCUGAAUAUACUGCAAAGAGUUUAGACAGAUAUGUCUUGUACUCUGUAUCCUAUUUUAUAGAUUCAAUGGGCAUGCUUUUUUUAAAAUUAUUUCCACUUAUAAAAGAAUACUACACUCUAGAUUACCUCUAUGCUGAAAAAGAUGAAAAGACUAAUUUACUACUGGUUGACCAUGGGCUGGGCCUUAUUCACAAAAAAUACCAUAAAAUAAGAGAGAUAAUUGAAAAGCUUAAAAAAGUAGGAAAAGAUGACGAAGCUCAAAAGCAAUCUAUAAUUGAUGAACUGAAGGGAUUGUUUGACUCUGAAGAAGACUUUAAAGUAGUCCUUUCUAUUAUCAAAAAUAUAAGGCGAAUUUUAAAUGAAAAAAGCGUACAGAAGUGUAUGGUUGAUAUAGUAGAGUACAUGUUUAACAAUACUAAUCUUUUGGAUAAAACAGAUGAGAAAAACGCUUUGAAACUUGAAAAAGAUUUAAGUAAUUUUUUAAGUGUCUUUAUAAGAGUUGAUGGCAGACUACAGCAAAAAGUAAAAGAAAGAAUUGCUAAAUUAAGAGCAGAAAAAGGAGCAUCAGAAGCAGAAACAAAAUUAAUUGGUUGGAAACUAAAAAAAGAAGAAUCACUACUACAAGAUGGCAUUGUUUUUCUUCAAGAUAAUAGGCAUUUUUUACGUAGCUUAAGCAAAGCUCAAGUAGACUACUUAUACAAGAAAAUAAAAGAAACUUUAGAAGCUCAGAAUCCGAAAGCAAAAGAACUAGAAAAACCAGAAGAAGUAGUAAAAGCGCCAGAAGCAAAGCUCAAUAAAAUAUUCCAGUUAUUAACAGGAUUUGGAGAACAGCCAGAGCCAGAGAUGCAGGCACAUACACCCCCACAUUCACCAGUCAACAAGCAGCCACCAUUCGA